UCGCGAUGUUCGAUAUCGAAGAUCGCAGCCGUCGAGACGGAAGCCAACUAGACACCAACUCGCGCUGCCAUGUUCACCGCGUCGUCGUCGCCCCGCGUAGCCGACGCAGUCGUCGCGUCCAUCUGCACCAUGAAGCUCUGCCAAGGCUCGAGCUUCUCGCUCGACGCGCACGAGCAAUGGCGCGGCCAAGCCGCACGCAACCCGAUCUUGAUCACGGUCUCGGAGCCCGAGUCGCGCGGCAGCUACCUCAAGAAGCACACGACGUACGUGGUGCAACAGGAGCCGCAGAACACGCGCGUGCGCCGCCGCUUUAGCGACUUCGAGUGGCUCCACACGACGCUGUGUGCUCGGUACAUUGGCAUGCUCAUCCCGUCGCUGCCCGAGAAGACCGUGUACAAGACGGAGGCGUUCAUCCGCGGACGCAUGCGCGGCCUCGCGCUCUUCCUCAACCACGUGGUCGCAUCGCCGUUUCUGCGCCAUGACGCGUCGGUCGUUGGCUUUCUCAACGUCGUCGACGAUGGCGAGUGGGACCAUGUCAAGAAGAGCUCGGUCGUCAUGGAGCAUGCAGGCGAAGGCCACAUGCAGUGGAUGAAGUGUCUCCUGCAUACGACGCUGCCAGACGACGCCGACCAGCUGCUCCUCAACCUCAAGCGCGACGCCGAGUUUGUCGACAAGGCGUGCAACGACCUCCUUCUGUGCUCGAAGCGGCUUGCUGACAAGUCGGCUGCGUACGCCAAGGAGCUCACGGAGCUCGCGACGCACUUUCAACAGUGGAAGGCGACCGAGUACGUGACGGUCUCGGACAAGGCGCCGGAGGUGCAGUCGAUUCUGGGCCAUACGACGACGGCGAUCGGGGCGUGGAGCGAGCUCGCGCAGCACCAGCCCGUGAUCCACGAGCUGCUCUUGCACGAAGGCAUCAAGUACAUUGCGCAUCAAGUCAAGGACUUCAAGGAGCUCCUUCGCGUGCGCGAUCUCGCCCUCGUGCAAUUUGACAAGAGCAACCGCAACCGGUCGGUGACGACACCGCCCAAGCAGAGCUACUUUGUGCGCGCCGAGCCGACGGGCCCCGAGGCCGAAGCGUCGGCGUACCGAUACGACCACAUUAUCUUCUGCAUGAACCGCGCGCUCUUCUUCUCCGAGAUACAGCGCUUGCACGAGAUCAAGGCGACGAUUUUGCACGAGACGUUCGGGCCCUUCUCCUGCGCGCAGUACCAAGUGGCCAAGAAGCUCGGCGGACUCUGGCAUGGCUACAUUGAGGCGGCCGACAUCAACCAAGCGGAUAUGAUGGUCGCCGCCAAGCAAGUGCUCGACCUCGCCCAAGUCACCUACGACCCCAAGGUGGACGGCUAGGCGCUGCAACUACAAUGUAUAUAUAUAUAUAUAUACGAUUGAGACAAUA